AUGAAAUGGAAGAAAGUGUACAGAUACAUCGUGUUCAAGAUCGAAGAGAAGUCUCGUAAAGUCACCGUUGAUAAAGUUGGCGGCGCCGGAGAAAGCUACCAAGACCUCGCCGCGUCUUUACCGGUGGACGACUGUCGUUACGCCGUCUUCGAUUUCGACUUCGUCACCGUCGAUAACUGCCGUAAGAGCAAGAUCUUCUUCAUCGCCUGGUUAGUCUCCUUAUAG